AUGAAAUUCCUCUUCUUUCUGCUCUUUGUACAUGUGAGUUGUGUUGUUCGUGAGGGCGAAUUUGAAACCUGGCUACCCGGAACUCCCAAAGGCAAAGCAUGGAGGACCUAUUUCGAGCACUUGUUCGACACCCUGCACGGUCAGCCCGAAUACUACCGACUCUUUCCACGGUUUGGUUGCGAGCAUAAAUACGUGAAGCCUGGCAACCAUACCAUCGCCAUAUCCGGCCAUAUAGGCCCAACACGUUGUCGGAGGGUAGGUUUAUUCAGUCGGAAUUGACGUGACAGGUGACUGAGCGGUGAAACUCACAAGGGAAGUCGUUCAGAUCGCAAAUGAGUUGAGCUAUGGAACCGGUAUAUUCUGAUUCUCCAUAUUCUAAAACGGUAAGAGCUAAAACAAUUUUUCCGUCUGGGCCCUGGUUUUCGAGAAAAUCGACCGUAAAGUUUGACCGGAGACCCCGCUAAAUAGUCCUCGCUCCGAAAGACCUUUGAAUCAAGAGCCAAAUGGCAGAGGGCGAGUGAAAAGUCACUCAAAAUUCUUUUGUCCGUGAUGCCGGGGAAGGUUCGAGUCCCGCUAGGCUCAAACCCAUGUUCAAAGAGCUUUGAUAUUGAAAAUGAUAAAAAAUAAAAAUUUUUUAGUUUUUUGUGGUGAAGUGUACCCCAAGAAUUUCAGAUCAAAUAGUUUUUUAGGAAUAAACACUUCAUUUUUGAGUUCAGCGCAGAAAUAUGCCUAUUUGACAUGCAUUUCAAUAUUUUCUCCAAAGUAUGUGAAAGGAAAAAAAAUUUUUGUUUGCUUUGCAACCAUUAUGAGUUAGGGUUUGCUCCUAGCGGGACUCGAACCUUCCCCGGCAUCCCGGACAAAAGAAUUUUGAGAGCGCUUUCACUCGCCCUCCGCCAUUUGGCUCUUGAUUCAAAGGUCUUUCGGAGCGAGGACUAUUCAGCGGGGCUUUUUCCGGUCAAACUUUACGGUCGAUUUUCUCGAAAACCAGGGCCCAGACGGAAAAAUUGUUUUAGCUUUUACCGUUUUCGAAUAUGGAGAAUCAGAAUAUACCGGUCCCAUAGCUCAACUCAUUUGCGAUCUGAACGACUUCCCUUGUCAGAUUUUCGACAUGUUUUUCAUGCAGAAUAAGUGUACAUUGCUGCGUACUGUGCUGCAGCAAUAUCAAAUUGUCAGUCUGUUGGGAAAAUACAGUGGGGGACCUGGUUCAGUGGUAAAAAAACGUCCAUUUUGCAUCCGGGAAGUAUCAAAAAUGUGGCGAAAUGCUUCCCUCUCCAAGUGAAAAAAAUCCGAUUUCGAAAGCGCGCGCUUGUGAGGGAAAGGGAGCGCCCUUCAAAACGAAGUUUUUUCACUUGGAGAGGGAAGCAUUUUGCCACAUUUCUGAUACCUCCCGGAUACAAAGUUGUACGCUUUUUGCCACUGAAUCAGCCCCCACUGUAGUGUCGAUUUAUCGUGCCUGAAGACACGGCGAGAUAUUUUGCUCAGACAAAUCCACAUUAUUUUCCCGACAUGCUGAUCGUCGGUUCGCAAAGUCACUUUAGUGAUUUUUGCGACAUGCACUGAGCAAAAAGAGGCAGGGUGCGAGCAACCGCCCAAAAAAGCCUAUUGCACGGUGCAAAAGGCAAGAAACUGCGCAGUGCUGGAUGCGCCAGAAUGCUCACUAUUUUUCCGACAGACUGAUACAGUCACGGACCUGAUCCAGUGGCAAAAAACGUACCAUUUUGCAUCCAGGGAAGUAUCAAAAAUGUGGCAAAAUACCUCCCUCUCCAAGUGAAAAAACUCGGAUUUCAAAAGCGCGCCCGUUCUUUUUGCGAGGAUGAAGGGCGCGCCUUUAUUUCACUUGAAUAGGGAAGCAUUUUGCCACAUUUUUGAUACUUCCUGGAUGCAAAAUGGUGCGUUUUUUGCCACUGGAUCAGGUUGCUGGAGCGGUUUUUCGCGACAUGCACUGUGCGUAAGAAGGUUCGCUUUGCACUGUGCAAUAUCUUACUUUUUGCACGGUGCAAUAGGCUAUUUUGGGAUGUCUCUUGCGCUGUGGCUUUUCUCACCGUGAAUGUCGCAAAAAUCACUCCAGCAAUUUUUCGAACGGACUAGUGUACCAAAAACACAAAUUUUAGGGUGCUAGAAUGUGCAAUGUGGAACCCAACGAACACGUUCGCACCUUUUACGUCAACGCGGUAUGGUCGAGUAAGGUCGUUUUUCCGCAGGCAGGCAAGGACGUGUUGUAUUGGUUUAAUAUCACCACAGAUAGUGAGACAUGGCCGAGAUCGGAGGUUCAAAAAGUCGUACUUGCAGACUUUUAA